UUCUAUUGGCAACUAAAGCACACAAAGAGUGACAACAAACAUUGUUCAACCUAAACAAGAUAACAAAUCACGUUACUCCAUCACAUAUUAACUCCACACCAUAUACUUUUAUCUUAAAAUUAAUCAAGCUCCCGCCCGCAAUCGAUUCCACUAUUUAAAAUGUGCCUAUUUGUUUUGUGACAAACCAACCCAAAAACAAAGUGCCACCAUGAUCGUAGACAACCGUGAAAGAAAAUCCCUCAUCACCACCACCAGCCAGCAGCAACAAUCUUACUCUUACAACAACCCCGGCUUCUUUCCCGGAAUUUUCCAGUACCCUGGAGCCAUCCCGGAAUACGCCAGAAAGCUGUUCCCGUUCUUGAAACCCCGCAAGAACCGCGAACGCGCCAUCUUGAAAAAUGGCGACUGCAACGUCCACCACACCCACUACAUGAAACUGAGCUGGCGCUACCUCCACGAUAUCUUCACUUCUUUGGUCGACAUCCACUGGAGGUGGACCCUCAUGAUCUUCUUUCUGGCGUAUUUCGUGUCGUGGUUGUUCUUUGCUUUGAUUUGGUGGUUGAUUAUGUUUACGCAUGGUGAUUUGGAAGAUGAGCAUCUGCCUCAGUUCCAGGCUGAGAACAACUGGACUCCUUGUGUGCUAAAUAUCCACAACUUCACGUCGUGCUAUCUUUUCAGCAUAGAGACUCAGUAUACGAUAGGGUAUGGUGUUCGGACCACCACGGAGGAGUGUCCUCAGGCUAUUUUUAUAAUGUCAAUGCAAGCUAUUCUAGGGAUGACCAUAGAUGCGUUUUUUAUUGGGAUAGUUUUUGCAAAAAUGACUCGUCCUAUGUUUAGAACCCAGACGUUGCUGUUUUCCAAAAACGCGCUUGUGAGUAGACAAGACGGCGACUUUUUCUUGAUGUUUAGGGUCGGUGAUAUGAGAAAAAGUCCUUUGAUUGGGGCCAGCAUCCGAGCGCAGAUGAUCAAAGCCAAGCGGACUAAAGAAGGCGAAGUUUUGAAAAACUAUGUGACUGAGCUACCUCUGGCGGCUGAUGGUGGCGACGGAAGCGUUUUUCUUCUUUGGCCGAUGACCGUAGUCCACAAAAUCGACGAAGAAUCUCCUCUUUACCAUUUCUCAGCCACUGAUUUGCUGCAAACCAAGCUAGAAAUCAUGGUGGUACUCGAAGCCACGGUUGAAAGUACCGGGCAGUCGGUCCAAGCUAGAACUAGUUACCUUUCGAACGAGAUCCUCUGGGGCUACAAGUUUGAACCCAUCGUUGACCACUUGAAACGUGACCAAGGCUACGACGUGAACUACAAGAAGUUCAAUAACGUGUAUCCAGUGGAGACGCCGGUUUGCUCGGCCGCUGAGCUGGCGGGUUUUGAUAGGGCCCAGCAAGUACCACAGACGAUGAAGCCGGAAUCGUUGUCGAAUUCGUUUGAUGAUGAUGAGGAGGAGGAAGAGGAGGUGAGGCCGCCGCCUCCGCCGCCGCCUCCUGCGGCUCCAAGGACGAGGAGUCUGCCUAGGAGCGGUCGUCCGUAUCGCGGCUACGAGGAAAAUCCCUUGAUGGAGUUCACUUCAAGCUAUGUCUAAUUUUCGGGGGUGGAACUUACUUCCAUCUUCAUUAUUUAUUUUUAAUAUUCAUUUUUCUUUAUUCUGUGUACUCU